UGAAUGGGUUUUGGCCCUUUCACGCUUUGGGUUCAUGUGAGGCCCAAUAGUAAGCCCGUCAAUCAACAAAAGAAACCUCCUUACUAUUCUCCCGAAAGACGAAGAAUUGAAGAGGGCGAGGCAGCCAUUGGAGGCAAGGGAAGCUGAUCGAAGGGCAAAGACGAUGCUGAGAAUCUGCACCAAGCUCCGCUCUUUAGCGGCUCAAUCAUCUAAUCGAUCUCAACUCUUCCUACCCUCUUCUUCCCGUGGCCUUAUUCUCCCCCCUUCUCCAUUGAUUUCAUGUAAAGGCCAACCACUCCAUUCCACCGCUGCUUCUACUGCUUGGAGUCUCUGUGGGCAGCUCCUCAAUGCGUCAAAAUCUUCCCCUAAGCUGCCGUCUCAAUUUGUCUCCUCGCCUUAUUCUUUGGUGGGUUUUCGAGGUGUUUCAUCGAGGGAGCGGAAGAAGAGGAGGAAGCCCAUGACACCAGUCACCUCCAAAGUCAAGAAGAUUAAAAUGAAGGGUUACUCUUCCUUCAAGGACAGGUUUCGUCCCCUGAAUGAUGGGACUAUCCGGAGAUGGCACGAGGGUAAGAGGCACAAUGCACAUCUAAAGUCGAGCAAAGCAAAGCGCAGACUUAGAAAGCCCGCUAUAGUGCCAGCGGCUUAUGCAAAGGUCAUGAAGAAGCUUAAUUUCUGCACAUGAAGCACGCAUCUCAGUCGGACCAAUUUGGGAGCACUUAGAGCAUUGCUACCAAUGUGAUACUGGCGGCGGUCUCAUAGCUCCCUCCCUAACUUUGGUGCUUUUGUUGGUUGACGAAGAUUCUACAAUUUAGGAGUGCACACUUUCUAGGUCAGUGGUGUUUGUUGCCAUCUGAAAUACCUAUUGUUUGGAUUCCUCCCCGUCAGCGUUCGAGAAAUAGUGACAAGUAGAUUUUAAUCUUUGAUUUGCCAAGCUUGGUGGAGCAGUUGCUGGGUUUAUUUUCUGUUCUGCCUUCAAUUUUUCACCGAGGUAGAUAAAUAGGUAUCUCAAUAACAAGAGUUUCUGCAGAGUGGAUAUCAAACCAGUUUGCCUUCAGGAUUUUUGUAAGGAGUUGAGACAUGGAAACUAGGCACUCUUUCACGCAACAAAAUGUCAUAUGGGUUAGAAGAUUGGAGCUGCUUCCACUGGCUCCGGCUCGAGUUGCAUUUAUGUUUUAAACAUAACAACAAAUUGCUUGUAGUGUAAUGCAUAAAUUUUUCUCUAAUAAUUGCGGGGUUACGAGUUCAAAUCACAAAGCCU